CAAGGCUGCGGCUGGGAUGUAACUGGGGUUCCGGCCGGUUACCGGGAGUCUUUGCCUCCGAGCGAGCGCCGUCACUAAACGGUGCAGCAACGCAGCGCACGCGUGCUAUGACAGUGCGCGUGACGGUACGUGUGAAUUACCUGAACUGUGUGUGAGCAGGAGAGCCGGCGGUCAGAGGAGAAUAAAUGCGCAUCAGAUCGUUUCAUUCAGCCAAUGUAGCAUCAUAGCGCACGGGACCGGAUAAAGUCUGAGAGGAAACGGCGACGAACGGAGGCCAGACCGGGAAAGGAGCGCCUAUGACAGCCUCCCUGGUCCUAAACCCUCGCUGGCCAGCGGAAACGGUAAUGUUUGUGUAUGACAACAACCUGGACGACCUGAACAAAAACAUGGAGGGGCUGGUGGGCAGCGGUAACUUCGCCGCCAGUCAGUGCCGCAAUAUUAUGGCGCACUCGGCGGCCGCCGCUGCACUGGGCGGCCACCCGUCCGGCCUGGUGCACUCUUCGGCCGGUUACUCCACAGUGGACGUGUCCGCUUCAGGCUCCGGCGAGUCAGGCGCGUCUUCGGGGAAGCAGUGCUCGGCCGGACCGUGCCCUGCGGCUGCAGUGCCGCACCAGAGCUCCUCGGCCGCCACCGCGUUACCGUACAGCUACUUUGGUAACGGCUACUACCCGUGCAGGAUGGGGCGGGGUUCUCUCAAGUCGUGUACCCAGGCGGCAGGAGCCGCGCUCAGCUCGCAGUACAUGGACACAACGGUGAACUCUGACGAAUACUCGAACCACCGAGCUAAAGAGUUCGCCUUUUACCACGGCUACCCGAGCCCGUACCAGUCCAUGGCCAGUUACCUGGACGUGUCGGUGGUCCAAACAUUGGGCACCGGAGAGCCGCGCCAUGACACCCUACUCCCUAUGGACAGCUACCAGCCCUGGGCUCUGACCAACGGCUGGGGGGGACAGAUGUACUGCUCCAAGGACCAGGGACAGGCUGGACACCUCUGGAAAUCAGCUUUGGCUGAUGUGGUGGCACACCAGCACGACGGCUCACCUUUCCGCCGCGGCAGGAAGAAGCGGAUACCGUACACUAAAGUCCAGCUCAAAGAACUGGAGAAAGAGUACGCAGCCAACAAAUUCAUCACCAAGGACAAGAGGAGGAAGAUCUCAGCCGCGACCAACCUGUCGGAGCGGCAGAUCACCAUCUGGUUCCAGAACAGGAGGGUGAAAGAGAAGAAGUUCGUGGCCAAAGUGAAGACCAGCGCGCCGUAGCGUGCGUGUUCUCUGCACUUUGGGACGAUUUAAUGAUGGAACUUGGUGCAUUUGCGUGUUAUGCGUUAAGAAUGAACUGAGAGAAAUGACAAAAAAAGGGGAGGGAGGUUAAAGAAACUCGACGUGGUACUUCUUUACGGACUGGACUGUGCGUAACCAUGUGCGUAAACAAAUGGAAGACGAAAAAAAAAAAGGACAAAAUCAGACAGAAAAGAACCAAAGCCCUCUGAUACGCCUCCCCCACAGAGGCAUCCUGUAAAUACAGCACCUUCCUGCCUGCUUUGAUGUAACUGUCUGUUCUCUGUCUGUGUUUUACUGUUUGUCAGUGUUGUCCGUGCCCAUAGCCUAUAGCCGAAAAUACACUAUUAUGCUGUUCAUAUUGUUUAUAACGCCUGUAAACCAGUAAUCAAAGUAUAGUGCAACACUUAAUAAAUUCUUUUAAUCCUC